CGGCGCGGCUUUUCCUGGCCGCUGGCGGCGUCCCUUGGCUUGCCACCCCGUGGGGGGAUUGCCCGGCCAAGACAGCCCGAGAGCUGGGAGAGCGGCGCCGAGGACCUUCUGAUGUUCCCUGUUGAUCCCAGCCUUUCUGCUCUCCCAGAAUGCCUCUGGCAUCCAGCACCACUGAGCACAGCCCUGAAGAAGUCAUGGACUCCAUGCCGGAAGAGUCCCAGCAGGUCCUUUCCAUCAGCCAGAUCCGUGCCACCCAUGCCACCAAUGACUACGUGGAGAGACCUGCCUGCAAACAGGAUGCUUCCAUGGUUGCUGUGUCCCAGACGCCGCCAGUCCAUAAAGCGGAGAUGACUCAGGAAUGCCUGGUGUCCUCCGUCUUCCAGGAAUUUCACUCCAGCCAACCGCAUCAGACACUACCGCUCCAACAGCCCCUGAGCCAUUCCAGCACAGCCAGCUCCAUCUCCCACAGCACGGCCGCUUCAGAGCAGCACCUCCUCAGGGCUAUCACGCCAUCGCACUCUGGACACUCACUCAUCCGGACGCAGCCUCGGGCAAGCGACCCGAAGGCCGAAGAGCUGCUGAAGGGGACCCCAGAGAAACCUCCCACCCUUCACCCGGGCCAUCUCUUCAUCUGUGAAGAAUGUGGUCAUUGCAAAUGUGCCCAGUGCGCGGCUGCCCGCACCUUGCCCUCCUGUUGGCUCUGCAACCAGCGUUGCCUCUGCUCGCCGGAGAACCUCAUUGACUACGGGACUUGCCUCUGCUGUGUCAAGGGCAUCUUCUACCACUGUUCCUCAGACGAUGAGGACACCUGUGCAGAUGACCCUUGCUCCUGUGGUCCUGGCUCUUGCUGCGCCCGUUGGUUGGCCAUGGGCUUCCUCUCCUUGCUCAUGCCCUGCCUAUGCUGCUAUCUACCUACCUUUGGUUGCCUCAAACUCUGCCAGAAGGGCUAUGAUGCCGUCAAACGGCCGGGCUGCCGCUGCCGGAACCACACCAAUACCGUUUGCAGGAAGAUCUCCCCACCUAGUGGUCUCACUCUCCCCAAAACUUUGGACAAACCAGUAUGACUCCUUUCGGGAAGGGAUAGGGAAAUGGCGGUUCUCUUUGACCUCCUUCUUUCGGCUCCCCUCUCUUGAGAGCCUCUGGCCGAGAACAAAGCAGAGAACCAAAAUUGCUGGUUAGCCAUUGAGGUUCUCCUGGGAGGUUAGCCACCGUUUCUGGAAUGGAGGGAGCCACGGGUCACUGUGUCCAAGAUGAGCUUUUUUAAGGCCUCCCACGUUUCGGUCCUAGCCAAGGGCAGGUGGAGGCAUGCACUAGUCAUCUUGGACAUCAGAUUGGGUGUGGAAGGGGGCCGGUGGGAGGGAAGAUGCAAUUUGCUAUGGGUUGGCUCAGGAGUGUGACCUCCAGAAUGCCUUAUGAGUUGACUCAUCUGUCGGGGUUCCAGAAAAGAGGGAUUGCAUCCAAAACAUGGCCUCAUGAGGACAAGGCCAUUGGGAAAACCCAGUUUUCUUUCUUUUCUUUUCUUUUUGUCGGGCCACCAUUGCUGUCCCCCUCGCAUUCCACCCUUCCAUCUGCUGUGCACAGUUUGCAGUUGGGAAGAGGCUGGUCAACUGACGUAUUAAAAAUGCUGUAGGAACAGGUGGUUUCUGCUAAACUGUAGCCAGGUGUGAGGUUUUCCAGAGUGGAAAAAGAUGACAUGGAGGUUUUCACUGGUUAUACAGGGAAGUUAAGUUGUUUUGGAAGCAUGGCAGAAGGACAGUGUAGAGCAGUGAUGGUGAACCUUUUCGUCACUGAGUGCCCAAACCCGAAGACCAACUGGCCGGCGUGUGCAUGCCUCUCUUUUUUGGCUCUUUUCAGGCUGUCUUUUGGGCUGGUUUCCAGGGUGUUUUUCAGGCCAUUUUUCAGGCUGUUUUUGGAAAAAGCCUGAAAAUGGCCCACAAACAAGCCUGAAAAUGGCCCACAAAUGGCCUGAAAAUGCCCCAAAGACAGCCUGCAAAGGCCAGCUGGCUAAGGCGUGUGUGCCCACAGAGAGGGCUGUGUGUGCCACCUCUCGCACGCAUGCCACAGGUUCGCCAUCAUGGGUGUAGAGUGUCUUGCACAAUUACAGUCCUUUGAUUUGCCGGUUGAUUUAACUUGAGGGAUUCUGGACAACUGAAUUAUUCUUUUUCCGACCCCUUUUAGAGACUGCCAACUAACCAAGUCCUCCUGAGGUCCUACCUGCAGAUGCCACUUCUGAAUUGGAGGUUUCCCCCCCCCUUUCCUGGCUCCCAACACAGAGGUUCUAUUUUGGGAUGUUACAGAAUCAAGCCCCGCUCUACAAAUAAAAGUAACAACAUUUUUAAACCUGGCAUCAUCCGUGACCCAUUUAUUAUUAUUAUUAUUUUCUAUUUGAAGCACAAGUGGAAACGUACAAGGGACAGAAAUCUCAUGCCCUUUUGCCUGGCCAUGGAGAGUUUCAUUUUCAGUGAAAAUGUAGCUUCUCAUUUAAGGAGGGCAAGAACAGUCUUUCAGCUGUAUCAUCUGUUUGACGUGUUCUGGAAUCUUCUCCUUGUCUUACCUGAGCACCUCAAUCCCACUCUUUUAGAAAGACCAACGUAACGCACAAUUCCCCCAAAGCUUUGCAUUGUGUCUAGGCAUUGCGGAAGAAAAGCUAGAUCUUUGGAUUUGGGGAGAAUCACAGCUCAGAGGUCAUGGAGAAACCCUCACAUCCAAAGGUUUGUAAAUUCAAUCCCAUGUGCCUUGAGGAAGAAGAGUGCCUCAUGAGGACUACUUUGGGUUGGUGGGAACCUGCUCGUUGGUGUAGCAGAGUUACUAGACCAAGCUAGACCAAAACUGUGAGGAGCAUCUGUGUUUCUAGCUUGCAGGUCCUUGAAAUGGAGGGUAUGCUUAAUUUCAGCUUGUCAUUUAGUGGCAGCACAUACUCACCAUGGAUGGGAGCAAACUCAUCAGUAGACAAAGCUGUUCAAUUGAUUUAGAGGCCCUCACCACUUGGCUUAAGUUUAAGGCAGCCGAAUGAAAUUAGUUUAAACUUCUGCAAGACUCGGUUGACUGGGUGUUUUAAACCUUGGGAUUAGCCGACUGGGUCAACCAUUCAUAACAAGUUGUAGGAAUAAGGCGCAAGAGUAGGAAAAUAGUUGAAACGAUCCACCCAAUUCCUUAAAUGAAUUUCAUUUAAUAAUAAGAGCCUUUCUUACUACAAGCUUGGGGUUGGUACUACAAGCUUCAGUGUUUCCAGCCUUCUGAGGGCCUCCUGGGGGAUGGGGAAGGCCAUUUUUGCCCUCCCCAGGCUCCAAGAAAGUCUCUGGGGAGGGUGCAAAAUGAGCCUACUGGGCCCACUGAUAACCUUUUUGCCAUCAUGUGCCAAAAGCAUGGGGAGCGUAGGGGUGUCACAUGCGCAGGGGAGCGGGGAGGCAUUGAAUGAUGGGUUUGGGCACGCGGGCACGCGACCACCCCAUGCUCCUCACGCUUUUGACAUGCAAUGGCAAAAGGUUAACCAUCACUGCCCUAUAUCAUUUCAGAUAAACGGUUGUCCAGUCUUUUUUUUUUUUUUGAAAGCCUCCACUGAUGGACCACCCAGGACUUCUGAAGGCGAGCUGUUCCAUUGGUUGAUUGUCUCAUUGUUAGGAAAUUUCUCCUUCGUUCUAGAUUGCUUCUCUCCUUGGUUAGUUUUCCUCCAUUGUUACUUUGGUGCUUUGGAAAAUAGUUUGACCUCCUUCGCCUUUAUAGGAAUCCCUCAAACAUUGGAAGACGACUAUCAUGUCAUCCCUAGUCGUUCAUUUCAUUAGACUAGACAUACCCGUAGCCUUGCCUUGAAUUUUUUUUUUUUUUGCAUUAUGCCAAUUUUGGAACAUUUAAUUCAUUAGGAAACAACUUUCUACAGAGGUGGGUUUCAGCAGGUUCCGACCAGUUCUGGAGAACCAGUAGCGGAAAUUUUGAGUAGUUUGGAGAACCGAUAGUAAAAAUGCUGACUGGCCCCGCCCCCAUCUAGUCUUUGCCUCCCGAGUCCAGCUGAUUGGGAGGAAAUGGGGAUUUUGCAGUAUCCUUCCCCUGGAGUGGAGUGGGAAUGGAGAUUUUACAGUAUCUUUCCCCUGCCACGCCCACCAAGCCACACCCAUCAAGCCUCACCCACAGAACCGGUAGUAAAAAAAUUUGAAAUCCACCACUGAUUUUCUAAUGAUACAGUUCCUUGCGUGCGUCAAGAGUGGAGAAGGGAAGCUUCCCAAAUCUAGCAGAAUGCUACUGCUACUGAUUUAAGGUUCUUGUGAAAACGGUCUCCUUUGAUGAAAAUCAAAACAGUAAAAACAUCCGUCUGAAAACACCUUUUUUUGUGUGUGAGAGGUAAACCAGGAGUUUUGUUAAGAUAAGCAAGAAAAUUCAGUUCUCUUCUGUUCGGUCACGUGGAGACUUACUUCAUGGGUACCUCAACACAGUGGUGGGAUUCAAAUAAUUUAGCAACCAGUUCUGUGCCCUAAUGACCAACUGGGUAGGCAUGGCUCGGUGGUCAUGUGACCGUAUGAGCGUGGCCAACUCAUCAUCACUCACGUCGAUGGGCGCUUCGCCUUAGCUGUUACAAUGUGAUAAGGGUUAACCAAGAGGCAGUUUCUGUAAGCAGGGCAAUAAAGAUUAGGCUAGAAACACCACCAGAAUGUUUCCUUCCUGCCUUCCUUACAGGAUUACCCCUGUAAAGUGGGGAAAAACAAAACAAAACAAGAUUUCUUCCAACAACCGGUUCUCCGAACUGCUUAGAAAGUUAACAACCGGUUCUCCCGAAUCGGUGCGAACCGGCUGAAUCCCACCACUGACUAGAUACCAUUGGCUAAAUAUGAUUCAAUCAUGGGCAUUGUUUGAGUCCACAGUCACCUGUCACAGUUUGUCUGGCCAAAAUAAUAAUGGUUUGAAUAUCUGCCCAUUUUCUUUGUUUUUUUUCAUAAACAUUUGAAGCUAUCAUCCUCUGUCUUGCCCAGUUUAAAGGCCCCUAUCCAGUGGUGGGAUUCAAGUAAUUUAACAAUCGGUUUUCUGCCUCAAUGAUUUCUUCCAACAACCAGUCUGCCAAACUGCUCGGAAAGUUAACAACCGGUUCUCCCGAAGUGGUGCGAACUGGCUGAAUCCCACCACUGCCCCUAUCCCAAGCAUUUAUGGCUUCUGCUAUAAGUGAGAUACUUUUCUUUGUCUGUUUUUGGGAAGGUUCUUCCUAGGAUCUCGAACGGAAGGCAUUCUGACUAGCGUGUUCCCUCAAAUUGUGUUUUUUGCAAGACCUUGUAUACAAUAUAAUAAUGGCUGACUGUAUACUUCCUUCUUUGUUGUAUAUAUUUUUUGUUAACCAUACUCAUAUCUUCUGCAACAAAGCAAGCUAUUUAUUUCAGAAAUUUAUUUAAAGGGUUAAAAUGCAUCCUAAUGUAUUUAUUACAACUUUCUUAAUUAUCCUCCUCCUCUUCCUUUUUUCUUGCAAACCAUAGUAAAGAAUUUCUUGAACCACUGGUGAAAUAAUGAGAAGAAAAAUCAAUUCUAUGGGUGGUGUUCAAAAGCCACAUCAAAGCAACUAUACAAUAAAAAUAUCUAUAUAUUCA